GAGCCCCGGAAAUGGCGGCGCCGGGAGGGGGCUCCGCCAGCCGGGGGUGCUGAUCCGGCCGCCGCGUCCCUUACCCGUCCCUCCCCGCCCAUGGGCGAGACAUGGACUACGAGUUCAAGUCGAAGCUGGCGGCCGAGCGCGAGCGGGUGGAGGACCUGUUCGAGUACGAGGGCUGCAAAGUGGGCAGAGGCACCUACGGGCACGUCUACAAGGCCCGCCGCAAGGACGGAAAAGAUGAAAAGGAGUAUGCACUGAAGCAAAUUGAAGGUACAGGGAUAUCCAUGUCGGCCUGUAGAGAGAUUGCACUUUUACGAGAGUUGAAGCACCCUAACGUGAUUGCAUUGCAGAAGGUUUUCCUUUCUCACAGUGACAGAAAGGUUUGGCUGCUGUUUGAUUAUGCUGAACAUGAUUUGUGGCAUAUUAUCAAGUUUCACCGUGCCUCAAAAGCAAAUAAAAAGCCCAUGCAGUUGCCAAGAUCUAUGGUUAAAUCCCUACUCUACCAGAUCCUCGAUGGAAUCCAUUACCUCCAUGCAAACUGGGUGCUUCACAGAGAUCUUAAACCAGCAAACAUUCUGGUAAUGGGUGAAGGUCCCGAAAGAGGAAGAGUCAAAAUAGCUGAUAUGGGUUUUGCAAGAUUGUUCAACUCACCUUUGAAGCCAUUGGCAGACUUGGAUCCAGUUGUGGUGACAUUCUGGUACAGAGCUCCAGAGCUGUUACUUGGAGCCAGACAUUACACAAAGGCCAUUGAUAUUUGGGCAAUUGGUUGCAUAUUUGCUGAACUAUUGACUUCGGAACCUAUAUUUCACUGUCGCCAGGAGGACAUCAAAACAAGUAACCCUUUUCAUCACGAUCAGCUAGAUCGCAUUUUCAGUGUAAUGGGAUUCCCUGCAGAUAAAGAUUGGGAAGACAUAAGGAAGAUGCCAGAAUAUCCAACUCUUCAGAAAGAUUUUAGGAGAACAACAUAUGCCAAUAGUAGCCUCAUAAAAUACAUGGAGAAACACAAAGUCAAGCCUGACAGCAAAGUUUUUCUUUUGCUUCAGAAGCUUCUUACUAUGGACCCUACAAAGAGAAUUACCUCAGAGCAGGCUUUGCAGGACCCCUACUUUCAAGAGGAUCCUCUGCCUACAUCAGAUGUAUUUGCUGGCUGUCAGAUUCCAUAUCCUAAAAGAGAAUUCCUCAAUGAAGAUGAACCGGAAGAGAAAGGGGAUAAGAAUCAACAGCAGCAGAAUCAACAUCAGCAGCAAACAGCACCUCAGCAGCAGCCGCAGGCAGCGCCGCAGCAGCCGCAGCCGCAGCAGCAGAACAGCACCCAGACCAACGGGACGGCCGGGGGUGCUGGCGCGGGAGGAGGGGGCGCGGGCGCAGGGCUCCAGCACAGCCAGGACUCCAGCCUCAACCAGGUGCCUCCGAACAAGAAACCACGCAUAGGGCCUUCAGGCGCUAACUCAGGCGGGCCUGUCAUGCCUUCGGAUUAUCAGCACUCCAGCUCACGCCUGAGUUACCAAAGCAACAUUCAGGGAUCUUCUCAGUCCCAGAGUACAAUGGGCUAUUCCACGUCGUCUCAGCAGAGCUCCCAGUAUCACCAAUCUCAUCAGUCUCACAGGUACUGAGAGGGCUAACAGGCUGUACUCAGAAAGGAACGGACUAAAAGCCAGAAGACUCCAGCAAUAUGAAGUUCAUAACGAUGAGAAGAACCAAAAAUACAAACUAUGAUGCAGAAUUGAAAUUCACAAUGACAAAAGGAAAACUUCACUCACUGAAGACUUCCCGCCCCCCAUCCCUUUAUUGCCAUAAAGGAGAUUCUCGUGAAGUUUUCCUUCCUCUCUCCCCUUGCAUGUGCUCCAUUGUGGUUACUCUAAUGAACCCUUCUGAUCUGAACCCAGCACUUAACUUCUUUAACCUUUGGAAUUUUGAAGGAUUCCUGGUGCACCUUCCUUAUGCUGUAGUGAUUGCCAUAAAUCUGUCUUUUCAAUCUCUUUGAUGGGAUUUUAAAGUUUUAAAAUCUUGAACUCCCAGGCUUUCAAGCUUGUAUAUAGUUAGUUUUAUACUAGGCAAGCCAGUUUAGCUAUACAGGUAUAUUGCACCUUUUUAAAGCACUAUGUUAUUUUCACAGGAUAUUACUGUUUUGCUCAUGGAUGUCAAGAACAGCAAAAUUUUACUGUUCCAGAGUAUUUUACUAUUCUGUUUUUAUUAGUCUAGUUUUCAGGCGAGGUCUUAAAAAUAAAAAAUUUAAAAAAUAAAUAAAAUUUAAAAAAGGAAAAAGGAAAAAAGAAAAAAAACCACCCAAGUCUCUGCAGCGACGAGUAUGCUUCAUGCUACUGGACUGAACGCCAAACAGAAGAUUGCUGAUAUUUCUUAACUCAUUCACAUUGAAUUCUUGAAAUCACAGUGAUCAUGCUCUGACUAGUUUUAAAUUAAGCGUUAUUUUAAAUGAAACCAGGACAGUCACAUAAAAAGGAGAUGCUUUCAGGAUCUGUUGGAACAGAAGAAUGGAAUGUCUUCCCAGGCUGGACACCAAAAUAGUCAGGAAAAUGUACUUACUGCCCUCAAGUCUCAGUAGGAAUGUGGAUGGCGGGCUUGUUUUUCUGUUAAGCAGCUGAUUAAUGUAUGUGAGAGUUCUAUAAAUUUAGCUUUCUUUCACAUUCCUGAGUCAGUUUUCUGAAUAUAAAGGUGACAGAAAUACUAAGACUUGCAAAAACAAAUGCAUUUAAUCAUUUUGUGUUAGAAUUAAUACUUAAGAGAAAUUAUUGUGCAGUUUGAAAAGCAUGUUGAAAAUUGUUCCUUUUUCAUGUUUAUAAUGCAUAUUCUGUGUCCCUCACAUUGCUGUGAUUAACCCAGAUUAGUUACACCAGAUGCGCUUGAUUGCACUGAAAUGUUUCUUUUUCCCUAGAGCAAACAUGUUUUGAUUGUGCCUAAGGACUGUAAGUGGAUGGGUAGCUGGCAGAAAAUCCCCAGUAAAUAAGCAAGAGUUCAGAAGCAUAAUCAGAGGAUUAUUGUCCAACUUCUGCAACCACAGUUAUUUGGAGAGACACAACAUAUAAUUUGGGACAGCUUCAUUUUUCCUUCAGCCUUCAGAAAUAAGGCUGGCUCUUGUUGCAGAAAACCUUGAGAAAUGCAUUUAGAAAGCUACUAGCAAUGUAACAUCAGCAAGCUUCUACAACUGGUGUCCAGAGAAGAGGUGAAGUGAGAAGAGUUGAUAUGUAAAUGCUUAACGUUACAGGCUUUUUUACUGCAGUGUGUUCUCUUCUGUCCUGCAUCCGUACA